AACACAAGCAAAUAAGUCCUGUUUUGGUGGCAUUUGAACAAGAAGUGUCCAGAUUUAUAAAGUACAUCAAGAAGAAAUCUGAAGUUGGACUUAAGACCAAGAAAAGUGAUGAGGAGCCUCUUGCACGAGGGUAAAUAGUCACAGCUUAUAAACGGUCAAAGAUUUUCUAGUCACCUGGUAGUUAAAGUUGUGGCGUACAUUUGUAAAGACUUUGCUCUCAAUUAAAUCAUGAUGUAUUGUGUUUUCUCUCUUGCUUCGUAUGGAAUCCAGGUUUGAACUCUUGCUAAUAACUUCUCACUCUCUAGAUAAAAAACACAGUCUCUUCUCUCUCUCUCUCUCUCUGACUCUCUCAUUUGGUCAUGUCCUUGUAAUAAUAAAUUAUGGUUUAUGCUUACACGAGGUCAAUACUGUGCUCUAAGGAAAAUGAAAGGAAGCAUGUAAAAUCUGGGGUGCCCAGCAUAUGAUUUGCAUGAGAAAAGUAUGAUUUUGCAGUCACCCAAGAGCAAAAGUUAGGUGCCAGGGGCCACCGGGCUCUGCUAGAGUACAGCCCUGAAGGCCCUCCCCAAAAGGGAGAGGUAAGGCUAAAACUCUCAGACAAAAGUAAGGCACCAUGCAGAGACCACCUGGGUGCUGCUAGCACAGCCUUGCAAGGGUAGGACAUUUAUUAUUCUGUAUAGAUCUACAUGUGUAUCUACCUUAAUUAGGCGUGCAGAUGUAAACAACACCACACUUUACUUGAAGUUACAAAAUAUGAACUAGAUUUUUUUAACCAUUAUAAUAAUACGUGUUUCCCCUUCAAGGUCAAAUACAUUAUUUUCCAUGUGGAACACUUAUGAAGGACGUCUCCCACCACUUUAUUAUCAAGAAAAGCUGCUCAACACUGGGGACUUCCUGUUUACUGUCAAGGUACAUAAAACUGUAGUUCAUAUAGCAUUACUACACUCCAGAUGUGUGAUCAAUGUUAAUUUAGAAUAUGACAUGACUAGUGACUCUUCGAUUCACUUUAAUUUUGCAAACUCACAAAAGAAUUAAUGGUACUGCACCUUGCACAUAGUACAUUACUGUAUUUGCAUGCAAGUCAGUUGAAAUGAUUUAAAUUGAUUUUUCAAGAUUUGUGCAUGAUUUUGUUAGUAGAACACUUUAUUGUAGUCAUUCAAUGGGUGACCUUGCAGCUCUCGGAAGACCUCACGGGAUUGGUUUGGGAAAAUUAUGAAAAACAAAGUUAACAGUUAUAGAAUACUAGACCAAAAAGGAAAGAGAUGCGACCAGGCUUACUGCAUUCAAUAAUAUUUUUGAAUGGCUGCAAUCCUUCUGACAAUACAUUUAGAGUUCUUGAAUAAUCAGUCUUGCAAAAUCUACAGCAAGGAUGCACAAGUCAGUUUUUUUCCAAUUUAUUUGCAGGAAUAUAAACUUGCCCAGUUCCACUGUUAUGGCAGAUACCUAGCCAAACAUUUGCAACGGGGCCUUACACUUGUGGAGGUUGCAGAAGUAGAUGCUGAAGGCUUCUACAAAAUACAUCUGAUGUCAGGCUUUGAUGAUUUAGCUCUUGCUACAAUGGUGGUAAGUACUUCAUUUCCCAAAAUUACUAAAUAUGUGUCAAACACAGACCACAAUGUUUGGGCAACAUAGUAUAUUGACUAGCAGAUCAGACUAACUGUAGAUAUCAGUGAAGUCCAUAUGUUUGCUUAAUUGUCUGGUGGUUGCAAUGGUUGCAGCCGCCGCCCCGUUAGCUCAGUUGGGAGAGCGCCGGUCUGCUGAGCGGGAGGCCGUAGGUUCAAACCCCGGCCGGACCAACACUCAGGGUCUUUAAAUAACUGAGGAGAAAGUGCUGCCUUUGUAAUAACAUCUGCAAAUGGUUAGACUUUCUAGUCUUCUCGGAUAAGGACAAUAAACCAUAGGCCCCAUCUCACAAGCCCUUGCACAUGUAAGAAAUCUGCGCGACGUUAAAGAACCCACACACUCUUUGUAAAGAGUAGGGCACGUAGUGCCCGGUGUAGUGGUCUAUCUCACUUUCACACUCAUGUAUGGGGGCAUCAUCACUCAUUCCUUCAGUACUUGUAAACUGCACCUUAAGCAGUCUGGCAAAGUCCCCCAACCAGUGUUGUAAAUUAUCCCUGAAAAGCCCUGUGGGGAGUGGAUAAUAAGAUAUUUACAAUUUACAAUGGAGGUUCAGGACUUUCAUUAAGAGGCGGGGCCCGGAAAUUUCCCCCGGCUACUAUGAAUAUAAGUCCCCCAGCUACUCUCAUAGGAAAAUAUAAGAAACGUACUGUAGCACUAAAAGAAAUCUCUAGCUGUUUUAUUCCCCGGGCCUACUUGUCGUAUUUGUCCGGCAACUUAAAAUCUUAGUGGUAUCCCUUGGAGGUUCAAUAUGGUAAUGAUACUUCAGUGUUCUCACCAGGAUUUUGCCUUGGGGAGUCCCAGGGCCCCCUCUUCUGAGAAAUAGGGGCCCUGUAAGAACAUUAGGGGGACAAAGUUACAAAAAACUCGCGAUACGAAGAACCUGAGCCCGCACUCCAAAUUGUCUGUUACAUGAAGUACCUACCUGAUCCAACAUGGCGGAAGAGGUGUUUACGAUUCGGAGGAGGAGUUUACGAUGUAGUGGGACGUGCGUGGGACCAAUGAAAGUAAAGGCAACAAAAUUAAAGACUUUGACUCAUUUGAUAUCAUGUUUUUUUAUUUAUUCAAACAAACAGAAUGCUUUAGUGUUAGGUUGACCAUUAAAACUACUUAAGUCCGUUUGACUCGUAGCUUGCCCCUGCACCCUAACGGGCGCAUCUUCUUGGUUUUAAUGCGCCAUUUCAGUUUUUUCUUGCGGGAAUCCCGCAAGGCUGCGGCCUGGUGAGAACACUGAUACUUUUUUUCUUAUGUCAUGUACACCUAGCUGAGAGCAGUUCUGGGUGAAGCCAUUUGUUAUUAUCAUGUGAGGACUGCUGAGGAUCCUAAAUUACAGGCAAGUGUAACAUUGUAGAAAUAUUAUGUACAGUACAAUGUAAAUUCAUACUCACAUAAAGAUAUUUUUUUAUAUUUUGCCAAACAAAUGCAAGGCUUAUGCAAUUAAUUAUUAGUAACUUCAUGAUUCUGAUUGGAAAGCUUGCAUUGUAGUUGGAUGUGUUUGAAAAUGCUUUCUGACCAUUUUAAUGCCCGGUUUGCCUUUCAACAGAAUCUUGAUGAAGUAUCUCAUUGUGUAGCAGUUUUAAAAGUUCUUCGCUUGGCAACACAAACAGCACUUCACAAAGAGGAACUAUGCUGGCUAGUGUUUAAUGGUAAUUACUGUACUUAGUGCAGCACCUUGGUUUAAAAUAAUAUCAUGCAAAAUCUUUGAAGGAGAUAUGUCUAGGGUUCAGAUUUUGGAAUAGCUUUAGGGGUGAUGUCAUUCUACCACUCACAGUGACAACAUUUUAAAACCUUUUAGAUGCUCUAACAUUCGUGAUAAAUAAAUUGAGGUCAGAAGAGCAGCUGCGGGCCUAAAGCAAUUCCGAGCAAUUAUUAGUUACGGCUCUCUCCUUCUUAGAAAAACAAUUACUCAGUAAAAUCUGGCUCAUCACUUGAAUGUCUCAUCACUAGUUGUGUAAAAAAUAAACAAGCAAAGAAACUUAAACAAAAAAAAACAACAAACAAACAAAAAACAAAUAUUAAAACAUUAAACAGUUUUUUCUGCACUCAUCCACCUAAUUUCACAUCAAGUGUCCCAACAUGUUUGACCAAUGUUGUACAUUGUAGGUGUACAGUUUUGUACAUAUAGGCCUGAGGGCUUAAAAUACUCUGUCUGAUGGAAUCCUGUUGGCAGCUACACUGUAGGACUUCUUGUGAAUCUCACAUGUGCUAACACAGGAUUUGUUUGAUUGUUAGGUACUGUGCAUAUCUACUCUAUCUGCAGACACCUGAUGACCUGUGGACACAGCAGUAAGGUAAUAAUAGAAAUGAAAUUACAUUGUGUUUUAUCAACAUUAAUGAUGAUAAUUAGUAUGUGUAAUCAAAUGGUGACGAGUAAAAUUAGGCAAUAAUUUCAGACGUGUUUUGUCCAAAUCCUUAUAAUUUCCCGAGCCUUUAGUAGAGGGAAAUUAUUAGGAUUUGGACAAAAUGCAAGUGAAAUUAUUCCCUAAUUUCACGAGUAUAUCAUUUGAUUACCUGUUAAUAUCAUGGGUGACGAAUUACGUUAGCAAUCUUGGAUUUUUGACAUGUUUAUCUUUUUUGUGCCCUGACAUCUUCAUUCACGGCAUUUUAAAACUUCGUCGCCAUCUUGACACUGAGACAUACUGAAGGUUGCCAUGGCAAUUUUGUAAUUUCACAUGUGAAAUUACAAAUUAACGCUGAAAUUUCGUGCCAAAAUGAAGGAAUAAUUCAUCACCUAUGAUAUUAUUAUUAUAAUAACAUCGGCCCUCAAAAAGUGCAGGAAUAAAUUUGAAUGUCUUGUCUACAAAAUGCUGUUUACAGCACUGUAAUACAUUGUACAGGAACUCAAAUCAUCACUAAAGAUGCAAUCACACUCACUUCAGGGGAGGCUUUUGACGUCUGCGUAAUGAUCAAGCUUGCACAAAUGCAAUCCAAUUUAUUCAAACUUCAACUCUAAUAUAACACCUUUGACACUAAACGGUUUUCAUUCUUGAUAAUGAGGUUCGAAACAUUGAAACGUAGAAUAACGUUCCUUAAUUUAAUUUUUCUUGUUAAAAUGCUUUAACAAGGAACUGAUCAUCCAGAAGUAAUGUAUGCACUGUGUGUAAAAAAUGUUUACCAACAAUAAUGAUGCCUAUGUGUAAUCUCUUCUUUCAUUAUCUUGUACCAUCGCCCAUAAUAGAGGGGAUGAAAGGGGUUAUUGCGUGAUACGGGAUUAAGUGUUUUCAAUUUUCGUGAAAGGUGACAAUACGAAAUUAAAAUCCGGGAACUGUGAAUGGUUUGCUUGGCGUGAUACGUGAACUUUAAAAUCUGUUAUUCGAUAUUCGUGAGUUUCAUCAAACUUUUUCGUGAAAACACAAAUUUUGCAGUGAAGCCAGUGGACCUUAAACUGAACUUUUUUAAAAGGUCUUAAAUGACUUUAAGGCCGGUUAUUUAAACGGAGUUUAGCCAGUUUCAACAAAACUGUGUUCUAAGCCAUUUUCAAUUUUUUCAGCGCUUUUAUCUAAACACUGGUUAUCGUGAAAUGUUUCAUAGCAACAAAAGGUUAGACUGGAGAAACUUUUAUUUUCUUAAUAUUACCCACUUAGAAAGAGAUGUGGAGACCCAACGAUUUCUUAAAGCGCGUCCUAAGUUGGGCUUCUUUUUAAAUAACCGGCCCUUACAGUCGUUGUCGUCCUAAAUUAUGACUUAGCCUACAAGAGCAGACAACUUUUUCGGCUCUUGUUUCACCCCCGAGAAAAGAGCGUCUGCGAUCCCGAGCUGGGAAACGAUUUCCGUGAGCUGGUGAGUCAGUAUUUUUCAGCCAAUCAUAAUUCAACUCUCAUUUUCGUGAAGCUAACACACGUGGGGUUUGCGUGGGGAUCUCAGUUGCAAUGGCCGACAGUUUUUAAAUUAGAGGGACAAGUUUUUAAAUUGGAAGGAGUAAUAUAUUAUGUAAAUUCCAAAGCUGUGGGAUCCAUGCCAGUGGGUUUUCUUGGAGUUAAAGAACGAAGUUGAAUACCCAAAAACAGUAAGAAUUCAUUCCUUGAAGCUCUUAAGAGCCACAUCAUUGAGUACGUUGGUUUGAAAGCUGAGUCCGAAAAGCGUGGUCUAGGACCCUCGAUUGAAAUAAACCUCCGUCGGUUAGAAAAAGUCCGCAGAAGGGAGCAAAGUUUAUGCGAUAAACAAUGACGACAACCAGGAUGAAAUGACGUUUCUGCGAGCAAUUGCUACUCGUAGCGGAAGCAAGGGAAAGUCAAAUGACGUUCCUUUUGAGUACUAUACUCCGUCUGCAUUAGUCAUCAUCAGUUUACCUCCACCUACAUUUCAUUGUAUGUUCACCUGACUUCCGUUACUUCUCUGCACUAAUUGUGCGGGAGGCACAAGAAGCAGAAGAUCAACUCUACUAUCAAAAACGUCAAUUAAUUUUUAAGUGGUUUCUCAUCAUUAACUCUGCAGACAGCGGCAUUCUGAACAGGUCCAGUCAUGUACUGUUCUUUUACUUGGGAAAUUUCCGUGAAACGUGAACACGGAAUUUUAAUCCCCGUGAUGCGUUAUUUCUACUUUUUAAUGUCCGUGAUUCGUGUCCGUGAUUUGUGUGUAGAAGAGGACUUAUUCCUCUUCUCUAUAGUCCACCAAUCGCUAAAUACUGCUAAUGUUCAUGUUAUUGCUCUACCUCCCCGUUUAGGCACUAGAGUUUCUACUGUGGGCCUGCAUGUGUCUGGAAUCAUCAGUCCCUCUUUUGACAGUUAGAUACCUUACAUGGCGUACCACCCUUUACACAGCUGUUUGUCAGUGUUACUUUGACAUAAAAGUACCAAUACAUGCUGAAGCAUUUGCUAAGAGGGGUCUAGCAAAGGUUAAUGAGCUGAAUGAGAUUGAGAAGAUGAGCACCUCAGAGUCAACACCAGCUACUGAAGCAGCAUUUCGCCAGGCAAAGACAAAGAUGCAGGCCAUGAUAUUCAAGAGAGUUGUGUUUGAGACUCGUAAGAGACCCAAAGGACUUCUUAGACCUAAAACCAAACCCAACCUCAAGGACUUUGCUCAUGUGAGUCAACCUUGCUUUGCAGCAAGGAGCCCAAAAGUGUGACGGCUUUUGAUUUAUUCACGUUCGUUCGUACAAAUUUUAUCCAAUCAGAAGCCAGCUAGAAACUGUCCUCGACCUCUGAUUGGUUAAUGUCUGCAUGAAAGAAUGUGAGUUAAUUAAAGUAGGUCACGCUUUUGGGCUCCUUGCUUUAAAAACUGUUCAUUACUUAAUUAACAUCUUUGUUAACAAGCAACCAAACAACAAACACAGCAUCAAAACUUUGUGAUAACAAUUAGCACUAUGCCAAUGUACUAUAAAAGACGCUUUCAUUUCUUUGCAUGUGAAUGCUGAAAUUAAAUGGUUUCAGGCAUAGAUAUGUACAUUCCAUAAAACUUCGAAGGCUGAAAUGGUAUUUUGACUAUUUUAUUUGUUGGGUACUUACAGAUAUACCAGAUAAGAAAAAUUGGAUGUGAAAAUAAAGUGUUGAUGCAGUACAACGUUGCGUUAGUAAGCCUUAAUAGCGGAGCCCUCGCGCAUGUAAGCUGGAGUGAAAAUUUGCCUUUCAAGCACCCCGCGUAUUUCGGCGGUAAAUUGCAUAGUCACCCGGACUUUAAAAGAGAAAAAAACAGUAACAAAGCCGAGUCUUUCUUUCAACUAAAUGUUAAUGUUUGCAUUAACGUGGAACACAGAGAAAGAGCUAGAGCGAAAAAUAAGCCAAUAAUAAUAAUAAUAAAAAACAAUAAAAACAACAACGAAGACCAAUUUCGUUGGAAGAAAAACAUGAAAAUUUUAUAGCGGCGGUGAGAAAAUGAGAAAUGCUAGCGGCCACCAAGGUGAAAAUGAGCGGCGGUGAAAAAAAAGUUAACCGGAGCACAUACAACAUUUCCUCCAUGAAACGUGUAACUGGAAGUUUCACGUUGUAGUCGGGCAAAACAACGGCGAAAAAAUGUACAAAAAAGUGUGCUGCACUUGUAAAAUUGUUUUUUGCUAAUUAGACCUAUUGUUGCUGUCAGGGUAAAAGGAAGAAUGGUAAAAGGCAUGGGAAUGGGAACUGGGAAUGCAAGGUAUGAAAUGUGGGUGGUUUGGGAUCCCCUUCCACCUUCCCCGUUCCCCACUAGACUGUGUGACAGCUCUAUAAACCAGUUUCUAUAUAGUUAAAUUCAUACUUGGUUGCGCGGCUUGGGGGAACAACAAAAAAAACUCACGGUCAAAACCACAUAAAUGCUGCUUAUCUUGAGGCUCAACAAUAAAUAAUACAUUUCUUUUGUUUUAUUUUCCCAAGCCUCGCAGCCAAGUAUGAAAUUUAAUACGUCGAAAUUGGUCUAUUAAUUUUAACCUUUAUUUUCCAGCAUGCAUGGCCCAGAACACCUACUGAACGUCUCCUUAAUGAUCUGCAAGGCACUGCAGCAAAAUUCUUGGCAAUACUGGAAGCUGUCAGUGAGACACAUAGACGGACACUUCACUGUGAGGCACCCACUCCUGAUGCUGAGGACACUGCAAUAGAUGUGUGUGCUGAGCUGUUUUUUGCAGGGAUGGAAAUCAUAGCUGGAGGCGGCGGAACAAAGCAAUCUCACGCAGUUAAACAUGAAGGAAGUAUUCACCCAUCUGUUUGGGAACUACAGAACACUGCACUUAUGGAACUUGUGGCAAAAGGUAUUAUUCUGAGAACGGUUGCAGCUUAAGUUAUGUAGAAAUGAGCGAAUUUUGAGUGUUUCUAUGGACAUAGUCCGCACAAUUACGGCUUUGUGAUGGUUAAUCAGCAAUUAAUGAAUGAGGCUGAGUGGGAUAUGAAGAAUUAUGCGGUUCGAGGAGGGUGUUAUCGGCCGAGUUGGGUAACACCCUCCGAGAUCUGCAUACUUCUUUUUAGUAUAUACUAAAACAGAACAGCAAGUGGUAACGUUGCGAGUAUGCGCGAGCCGCUGGACGGAAGUUUGUGGUGGUAUUGGAUCGCAGCGAAUGCAGCAAAGAAAAAUGGCGCCUCUUUUAAAAAUUACCAUUGUCUUAGUCAUCUGUUCUAUCUUUGUGGAGUGCAGAUCAGACAAAGUCUUCUUUGUAAUAUGCGAGAUUGGUCUCAAGGCUAAUAAGUCGCAGAUCAUUCACAAUUUUGCGCGGUUUGUGGUCCAUGAAUGAUUAUUGUUUCGUGUUUUGGCUUGCGCACGGACACGUCGAAAGCGGGUUCUGUGUAACAGCUGCAAAACUGCUCUAUUAAACACUGGAUUACUGGGAAAAAAAUCUCUUCAUGUGAGUUGUGACCGAGUACAAAACGUCCGACGCUUACGAUUUGAAUAAAACGCUGUGAAAAAAAAUUCUAAAUGCUAGUCUGUUUAUAUAGUCAUAACUGCAGUUAAUGUUCUUGCGACAAUCUCCUUGCAAUAAUACGAUUUCACGUCAGUUAUGGUUCAGGAAUGCCCUGUUUUUCAGAGAUGUGCAACCUUAGUGUAGUGAUUCUGCCAGUGAUUACUUUUCAGAGAUACCCCAUCCUAACCACCAGUGGCCAAGGCAGGUGCAGUGCCCUAAUUCUGCGACUGAUAAAAUUUCAAAGAUAUCCCACCCAGGGCUAUGAAAUUGUAUGUUUCCUUUUUUGACUAGAUGAUAUAAGACUAAACACCCAAACUCUAGAAAUGACAUCUAUUAAAUCUAUGUGAUGCCUUAACUUAUUCAGGGGUGUAGGCACAAUUUUGUAAUAUGGAGGCUCUUGACUCCAAGAUGCCCCUUAUACUUCUAAAAUAAAGAAUUAGAUGAGCCAAAAAAGGAGUGUGGUACAAGAUGUUUCAUAUUACAGAUGUGUUUUAUUAAGGUAACCCUAACCAUGAAAAAUCCUUCCCUUUACUCCCCACACUUCUAGAUACUAGAAAAUUGCAAAUAUACACACAAAAGUGAAAAUACUUAAAAUAGUAAAGAUCAUAGCCAUAUCUAAAACUGCAUUUUCUCUCUUAGAUAUUGAAGUGAAUUUUCUGCUUCUGUUUUUUCCAUGCUUGCACUCAUUUUUGCUGUUGGUAUUUUCUACUGCACAUGUGUUAAUUAUUUAAGAUAUAACUAAUAAAGCCUAGCUCCCUUGACUAGCCCAUAUCUGUUUGCGGCCAAGUUCUUAUGAUUUGAAGAUUAAAAAAUUGAAAUUGAGAGAAAAUUAGCUCUAACUUUUCCUUUUCAUUCAAUUUCAACAUGAGGAGAACUUAAGGAUCUUAAAGCCUGAUAUUUAUAAAGUAUCAGUUUAUGGUAGCUUCAAGUAGCCAAUGUAUGACUCAUUAAAAUUAAAGCUUGUCUGUGUGUCUUCUGGGGCACCAAGGCUAUUUGAUGCAGUUCACGAUGGAGUGACAGACCCUUCACAUUCUGCAGACAGCAUAGGGUUAAAUAAAAAACAGAUAGUCGCCAUUUUGUAACAGCUCUGCUAUGGCUUGAGUGAAAAGUGCGACUGGUUUAAAUGUGAUGAUGCAGUUGUCCUCAAUGACUAUCACCUGAAUCAACAAGGUUUAGUGCUGAGCAUCUCAUAGGGAGCUCCUGCAACAGGCAAAAGGCAAAUGAAAUUUUUCAUAACUUGUCAUCUUGCGACACCAGGAGCAUCAAUGAGCUUGUUUGAGGGGCAAUUUUACAUAAAUCGCAACUUGUGCAGCCUAUGAUAUAUGACUAUAUACCAGUACACUAUUACAGUGUAUACGCAGUCAAACCAACAUUGGCAAGCCAAGUGCUCCUAAAUUCAUGAGCACAAACUCUGAAUGAGACCCAGAGUAUCAAAAGAUCUAUUUCUAUCGGAGAGUGAAAAGCUACCCCUGUGGCAUUUAGUUGUUGCCCACAACUAGCGAUACCCCUUUAGAUAUUCAGGAUUUCUAAAGUGUCAUGGAUAAGAAUUUAUAUUCAAGAAGGAAAGAAAUCUUUUGGAUAGAAAAGGAAUAGUAACAUUUAUGAUUUUUGUAAGCGAACAAAUACAUGGUAUGUGAUGAAGCUAAUUCUUAUGUGGAUGCCAAUGUAAGGAAUCAAAUACAGGGAUUUCAUGUCCAGUGUUGUCUCUACUUCAAACAGGAAUGGCAGUCCAGCAAGUGCAAAGGUGGUUAAGGGCAAGACUUGUUUUGUGCUUGAACUUGUGCUAAUGUCAAAGUGGGAGUAAUAUUGUAAUGGUCAAAUGAAAAUGCAUUAAAUCACACUUAUGAAAUCACUCUUAUAGUAGGGCAGGGAAAAGAAUGCACAUAUGUGUAUUUUCAUAUUUUAUAUUGAUUUCUGUUAUGUUCCAAGACAUUAUGUAAACAUUUUAAGCAUAACAUUAAAAUUCUUUUAGGCGCCAAUUUUGUAUGUAAAAACAAAUCAUCAUUGAAUAAUUAUCAGAAUAAAAUCAUCUCCCAAAUGGUGAGGGUUCUUGUCAGUGAAUCUGAGAGCUUACAGUGCAUGAUUAUUAAAACGCAAAUUCAUCAGUGUUCCCCCCCUUGGAUGCAAAAUCAAACAUUCAAGAAUGAAAGAGUGUUCCGAAACAAUGCUCUUACAAAUAAGUUUUGUUGGGAUAUACUUUUACAUGUUAACGAAAAAUCUAAAAACAAGGUUGAAAAGGACACGAAAAAUUUGUCCAUCUUUAACGAAGGUUUAGCAAAUAAUAUUUCACAAUCCACCGCCUCGAUCUCUUAAUCUCUGAGAAUAAGUAAUCGCCAUAGAGCACCAAUGUAAACCAGAAAAGCAAAUUUUCGAAAAUGGAAGGAAACAUCCGACUAUGGCCUUACUUGUAAGAGUAGGAAAUUUGCUUGUUGAUUUCAUGCCGCUAAAUAGUAUCAAAAUACUCGAACUUCCCCCCUUUGAAUUAACCAUUAAAAGUGAAAAUACGGAGUGACCGAAAGAGAAGUUUAACCUGUUUAGUCGCUUGUGUGGGAUAUAUAACUGGAUCUCGUUGUACGGUCAGGGUCAAAUACUACAAAAAUACCAGGGUCACAUAAAUUACGUUGAAUUCAGGCUGCUAUAAUUUUAACACAUAACAUUCGAUGAUACUGCUCCACAUUUCACAACGUAAAUCAAGGGGUAUAUCUUACCUAAAUGUUAGGCAGCUCUGCAGAUCGCGGACGAUAACCCAAAAAUCCGUGACCGCUUGAAUGUCAACAAAUCAACAUAUCACAACAAACGACCUCGUUAACGCUUGAUCUGCUUCAUCAGAGGAGCCAAAUGGACGAAAAUUGACCAGCUAAAUGGUCCUUCUCCCAUACAUAACACCUCAACAUGGCUUAGCCAAAGUAUCCAAUCUAUAACAAAUGUCUGUUGUUGAUCGGAUAUGCAAAAAAAUCUCCCUUGAAAGUGCUUCAGAACAGCUUUCGGCCAUUACGAUUUCCCGUCAACAAGUCCUUCCCAGCAAACUUGACGCAUGCGCAAACGUUACCACUUGCUGUUCUAAAACAGUGGAUAGUGUUUUACAGGCGCUCUGAUUGGCUACUCAAUCACUAUUCACUGAUUCACCUCCAGUUCCUCCGAGCGAGCGAGCGACGCCAAACUCGCGUAGGUUGCGAGCAAAAUGCUUUCCUGGCAAGCUAUUUCCGGAAAUACAUAAAGAAGGUGACGAAGUUCGGUUUGGAAGUUUUAACAGGUAAAGCUUUGUCUUUUUGACUUGAAUAGUUAUCGAUAAAACCGGUAAAAAAGUUUUUUGUUUACAAAUGCAAAUUAAGCUUAAGUCUUGCGUUACUUUAUUUAGUUGACUUGUUCAUAAAUAAGCUUAAAACUAAAUUUAAUAAUCUUUUUUACAGAAUUAUUUCAAAUACAAACAGAAUUCACAACUCCUUUUGAAGAAACUUCCCCGCAAGAGCUAAACAAACGCCUUCAAAAGUUUUAUUUGUCGCUAAGAAAUAGCGACGACCGCGGCCGUUCGGUCAUCGCGCGCCAAAAUUGUAAUCGUUGGCAACAGUAAAUGAGUUAAAAAUCAUCAUUUUGUGCUCAAUUAUCUCACUGUUAUAGUAUAUACUAAAAAAAUUAUUCACCUCAGUGUCGGUGGCUAGUAUUGGAUAUUUACCUCGCCGCUUCGCGGCCUCGGUAAAUUACCAAUACUAGCCACCUCCACUUCGGUGAAUAAUUGUUAUGACAUUAUAUACUACGAAAGCCGAAUUUAUUAAUUGCUUUAUUAUUCAUUCAAAAUAAUUCCUAGUUUAAAAACUGCCUAAAACAUGCUUACCCUCGUCGAUGUUACGUUCACCUCGAUAGUGGAUGUUAAGAAGAUAAAGGGCUGUUCAGGUCUGCAAAUACAUUGUAUAUUCCAAACAGCAGAUGUUAUCCGUCAAGUUGUCUUCUUGCUAUGUUUUUAGACAAUAGUUCGUCGUGAAACGAGUAAGAUGUUGCGCCGACUGUUCGGCUAUUUUUCUUUUCACAACCAAAACUACUCAACGUCGCCCCAGGUGUUCUCGGUUAACGGUGCAUUAACCUGCAACUAUGCUGCACUUUUGACGUCAUCAGUUGAUUAAUCGCAAAAUUCUUCCACAUUUGGUCAACAGUAGCUGGUUAUGGUGAAUUAUGCGUGUGGUUUUAGCCAAUCAGAAACGUAAAAAUAUUUUGAAUGAAUAUUUGACGACGCUUAUGUCACAUUUUAUUUCCUUAGUAUUUUGUGUAAGUAAGAGGUGAAUUUUUGACUUAAAUAACAAGAACCGCUUAUUACGGACACUCCGUUAAAAAGAACACCUUCUAUGGCCCCCUCAGUGUCUGUAUCGACAGGGUUUGACUGUAGUACCAUGUGAGAGGGUUUACUAAUGACCUUGCCAGUAAAGGACCAAAAAAGGGAGAUAAACUGUAAGGUGCAGUUAGUACACGUAACUAGUUAGAGACCCUUUUUAUAGAGGUGAAUUACAUUAACCCUGAUCAGUGGCAGAUCCAGGGGAGGAGCCCAGGGGGCCCUGUUCCCCCCCGUAUUUUUAGACCCAACUGUGGCCCAAAGGGCCGAAACAAUUUUUUUUGAGACUCCCCCCCCUUAUCUUAGGGUCUGGAUGACCGCCCCCCCCCCCCCGCCUUAUCUGAAGGUCUGGAUCCGCCACUGCUGAUUGUGUAUAAUUAUUUAAAAACCACGACAAAUGUAUGAUAAUUAAUUCAAUUGUAUUUACCCUAGCUUAUCAUCACAAAUUCUAGUUAUGAUUAUCAGAAUAAUAACUUGUGGAUGAAUGACAUUGUUAUCCUUCGUAAACAUUUCUUUGAAGGCGAGAAUGGUGUACCGCUUCCUGCUCUUGUAAAAUUUGUUAAGCAAGCAUUCAGCUAUGAACAGUGGGAGCCAUUUGGUCUUCUGAUCGAGCCAACCCUGCAACUACUGCAAGAACAAAGUGAUGUCAGCAGUUUAGUGGAUAUUAAAACCCUUCAGAUCAUGUUGGCGCUAGAGCCAUUCUACAACACUGUCAAAAAACCCAAGAAAAGUACUCAUUCAGAUGAUGGUGAUGCGGUUGGGCAUACACAAGGUGGGGAUGUGUUGUGUUCACUAUAUUUGAAUAAAGUAUGGCUGAUAUUUUCCCAGUCGACUGAAUAAUUUUUCAGGGUGAUAUCUGUUUGUUUUGAACCGGGGGGUGGGCAUUAUAGGGAAGUUUGGGCAGAGGUGUGUCUCCGAGGCCUCAAACCCUGGCCGCACCCUGUCGAAGACGCUAAAUAGUGAAUUUGUAGACCCUGGUUAGGAUUCACGACCACGUAAACCAUACCCUUUUCAACGGCACAUACUCGUUAAAACCCAGUAAGGGAGGCCCCCGGAGAAGAGGGGGUAAAAGUGUGACCCAAUGACUUUUCUAACUUUGGCCUUUCUGCGGAGACGUUUUGUUUUGACUGGUCACGCGACGAGCUAAGAGAACUUCUGAGAAGAAAGAGGAAUAGUCAUGGUGCCGUCUAUCCGCCUUUACGUUAGUCUCCCAUUCUGCCCUUUUUUGCCUCGUCACACAACGUUUCUUGGCGAGGAGUGUUUUGUGUCGAGACGAAAACGACUGAAUGGGAGACUACCUUUACUUCUGCCCGUAAGAGUAACAGGAACCACGUAAGUCCGUAAUAUUCGUAACCAUACAAAAUCUGAAUAACAACUGCUAAGGGGAAGUAUGGACUUUCCGCAGACCUUUUGGCGAAGUUUAAAUCAUUCCACGAGAGUUUUCCUCUGAAAUUGUCCUGUUUUCUCUUUAUAGCUAAGGGUGGAAGUUCGCUGGAGGAGCUCACUCAUCUAACAGAUGUAAUACAGUCUUGCUCUGAGGAACCUUUCAAGGUAACACUCAUUGCUGAUCAUGGUGAUUAUUUCUUUUAGGACCUUUGCAACAAUUUCUUGCGACAUAGGAGUAUUGUGUUGUGUCUCAAGCUAGUGCUGGUUACAUCUUAAGUUAUUAUUUAGGCGUUAAUAUUAUAAGCUAAGUAAUAUUUGACGGUGCUUUUAGGUGGGGCCUUUCUGUCUAGUCUUGUAGUAGACUGUCGACGGCUGCCACAUUUUCCCACCAAAAUGACGUUUGUUUGCGCGCGUGCACUAGUUAGUAUCGAGAAAAUCCCGUUAUCGUAGUCGUCCUCGUCUUAGAAUCUAAAGCUGUCUAAUGUAUCUACAUUUGGGUAGUUUUGCUUCAUUUUUUAGUACUAUGUCUAUGUUUCUGGUAAGGGCGUAUUGUGUGAGAUUAGGCAGCGUUACGUCUCAGUUGUAAGUACUACACGUCCAAUCUAACAGCUUUACAUUUCUCUCAACAGUCCGUCAUUCUGAUGAAAGACUGUGAUAUGAUGGUGGACGCUGCUCUUUUUCUGUGGUCCAAAUGCAAGCCUCAUUUUCAACGAAUCUUCUCCUCGUCGUUGGAAAACUGCAAACAGUUGUUAAACGAUGUGUUCGCCAACAGAGUAAGCUGGCUGUACCGUUUUAUUAUUGUCCCAAAAUAACGCUCUUUAAAGUCUCAGAAAAUUCUGUUGUACAACUUGUUGCUAUUGAUUUUAUCUUACUUAUUUCAUCAAGCUUUAUGUGGUCCUUUAAGUCCAGUAUCACGCACCGUUUCAUAGAGCUUUUUCCGGCCUUAAGAAAGAGUUUUUUCGGCAUUUUAUUGAAAUUAGUUUGAAAUCUUACCAAGCCCCAAAUACUCUUUUUUUUCUUAUAAAUGCAUUUUAUUUUUUACUCAGGGUUUCUUUAAGCCAGGCCCAAGUUGUUGAAAAGCUGGAUAGCGCUUUUCACCGGAUAGAGUGAUUUUACUUAACCCGUGAAAUGGUAGUAGAAUACUACGCACUAUUAUACACUGAUUCAUUUGUCUUCUUUUGUUUAUUUGGAGCUAAUUUGCAUUAGUAGUAGUUUUUAUUAUCUGUUGCACGGGUCAAGUAAAAUUGCUCUAAAUCACAAUACAGUGGAUAAGUGAUAGGGAAACAAUUGUGGUAUCCUCUGGAUAGAGAUGUAUCCAGUGGAUAGUGUUAUCCACCUUUUGAACAACUGUAAGGGCCUGGUGGUUUCUCACGGUGUCGUUGCCAUCAGAUGGUACGAUCGAAUUAUCAUUAUGUCACUUAUGGUGAAAAUGAUGAUGAAAAAUUAUUUCGAAGAGGAGGAGGACAAUUACUAUGUUGAGUGAUGAUUGCGAUGACGAUGCUGCUACUGCUGCUGAUGAUGAUGUUGACGAUGAUAAUGACGACAAUGUUGAUGCUGAUGAUCAUGAUGAUGCUGCUUAUACUGCUGCAGAUGAUGCUGCUGCUGAUGACGAUGAAAACGACGUUGAUGACGAUGAUGUUGAUGUUGUUGUCGAUGAGGAUGAGGAUGAGGAUGUUGAUGAUGAUGACGAUGCUAGUGCUGCUGCUGCUAACGGUGAUGAAGUUGAUGACGAUGUUGUUGAGCGUGAUGUGGUUGGUGAUAAUGACAAAGAUAAUGAUGAUUAAAAAACGACGACCAAGAUGAUGAUAAUGAUGUUGGUGGUGAAUUGAACUAUUAAGUCAUUCCAAUAUCCGUGACUGCUUUUCUAAACUCCCAAAAGCGGUUGAAUUUCUACCCCACCUAACAUCAGUUGAAAUGAUCUCAUUUCAGUGGCUCUAUAUUCUGACAGUGGCUCACAGCACAGUAUCAUGGAGCAAUGCUGCAAGUUUUGACCCCAUACUAAGCGCUGAAGUCACAUUAAAGCUGUCCUUAUUGUUGGAGUGCAAAGCUGGUUACACUGAUCCGUCCAGAGUCGGAAGUGCAGAAUUAGAAACACCAGCCUUCACGGCCUCUCCAGAACAUUUGGACUCCAAGCAGGUUAUAAUCUUAUUGUCUUUAGAGCAAGCAGAAGUUAAUAAAUCCAUACCCAAGUUAAUUAUGCUGGAGAGUAACCUUUCCGGCUUGCAAAGAAAGUAGUGUCCGAGAGCCCGAGGCUAGUGGAUUUUGCUAUCGGGCGAGUGAAUUCUGUUAUUGCCCGACAGGCAAGUGAAGUUUUUUGGAGGAAUUCAAAUUACAGAAGAACUGUGAAAUCAAUCUGCUCAUCAAAAUGUUUUUGGGGCUAGUUGAAAUGAUGUUUGGGCUAGUAAAUGUUAGCUUCAGCUUGCCCGAAUGGCAAGCUGUAAAAAUGACUUUCUUUGCACCCUGCAUUCCAACAGAAAAAUAGCUAUUAAAUCGAAGUCAUCUUGCAGCCAAUACAUAUGAUCCCCUCAAUAAUAAACAGUACCGCAGAAAAGUCCUGUUUAGGAGCUUUCAUUUUUUGGUCGUCGGCGGACUCAAGGACAAGAGAUAUAAUUAUUAAUAACAAUGCAUACUUUAGUUAGUUAGACACCCAAAAUAACUAUAAAGCUAAACUAGUUGGGUGACCAUCAUUAAUAAAUUAUAAUAAUUAUAAUAAUAAUAAUUAUAAGAUGUACAAAGUAGCUCAGUAGCUUUCAUGUAAAUGGUCACACUUUAGGAUUUCAUCUACGAGACGCAAAAAUUAGAACCACCUUGUAGAGCAUAAUAAACAAUAACACAGGGAGGUACUGCGCAGUAGUCUUAUUGAAUGGCCACACUUUAGGAUUUUAUCGGCAGACCUAAUAAAUCGAAGCACCUUGUUGUACAAAAUUAAAUGCAAGGCACAACAAGAAGUAAUGCUGGUUACACACUGUUUUUGUUGUAGCCUCUGACGCAGAAGCUGAAGGCCAACAAAAAAAAAAUAUACGUAUAUAAUGCACACUAACAUUUGACGUGACAGGUUACAGUGUGGACCUACUUUCACGUACCCAGAAUACGAAAUCAUGCUUGACUUAAAGUUUAAUUGUUUUUCUAGGAAAAAAGUGAAACCGAGGUUUAUGAAAAACCUGCAACUGGUCCAACCCCCCUGAGGGGCUUAUUUACUGAUUACAGCAAACAGAUGGUCAUUACCCUGGGAGGGAUGGGGACAGGAGUAAGGGACAUCUUGAACAAAGCAUUGGACGUUCUUGAUCAGGGUCUCAGAGAUGUUGCUAAGGCACGUGAUACAGUGAUUGACACCAAGAAACGGAACAUCGCCGAUGUCAGCUGGAUAAAGGUGAACAGUUUGCAGUAGGGCAUAAAUUUGCACGCACUGGAGGUCAAUUGAGGCCAGCUUUGGUUCUGUUCGCAUAACGCAAAAUUCUGUUUGUUUUGCGAAAAUAUCUAUCAACGUGAAGCAAUUUCUAGUGCUACAAUUUCUAGCGUCACCAAACUUUAAAGAUGUCGUCGAGAAAAUUUGGAGGCCGACAAUAUAUUGCCAGACGACAAAAUCCUUUGUUCUUUGACAGCUAUCCUUCGUCGGCUCAUCUAACUCGCGAACAUGACCAUUAAAAAGUUACUUUAAUUGACGUUUCUGAUUGUACGAAAAAUUUCGCGAGUCUCAGAGGCGAUCAAGGAAAUAGGAGAUUACAAAGGUUUCAAAUUUUUUGUAAACUCCAAAUUUUGUUCUUCGUACAGGUGCGAACAGGGCCUUACACACUAUAUGUACAAUUUGUCAACUCUUCAAAAGCCACCCCGGUGAAGAUGUGGGAGAAUGGCAACAACCUAACCAGCAUUUACGACAUCAAUAGGAAACUAAGCAAAGUAAAAAGUAACAGGUUGAAUAGAAGUAGAAGAUCAUUCCUGUAAUGCCAUCGCUCUUUGGAGUGUUUCUCUGCCAUCCUCUGCACAGAAAUUGACGUUCCACAAUGCGACUCUUUUUUUCUUCCUCUUUCUCAACUUAAACGCAGUUUUUAAGAAUCAAACUUCCGGACCGGGCUGAUAAGUUAACCCAGGGUUAGUGGGUAAUUUGAAUACAGAAAUUGAAAGCUUAAAAAACAAAAUAAAUUCAGUUUCAUUCUUGUUGUCUAGUCAGUCUACAAUUUCGUGAUGCUCUAAAAAGAAACUUGGAUUAAAUUUCAAUCCCAUGUUAACUAGCACUAAUCAACCUUCCAACAACUGGGCCCAGGAACAUUCGCCUAAAUUUAACAAAUUGAGCGAGCUAGGAAAGCUGCAAUUAAUUUUCGAAAGAGGCGAAUUCGGUUUAUUACUCGUAAGUUCUUGCCGUUGUUGUUUUUUAUUAUUGACAGUGUAAUUUAAUUGCCUCCCUCCGACAGCCAUCACCAAGUAUAAACAAAGACCAAGACGAAACCGUUAAAGCCGCAGAGAUACAAGGUUCCACCCUGUUGGAGAGGAUGAUAGAAGCUUUGCAUAUGGAGUUGCUCUUCGUUCGCUACAGGAUUGCGGUUAAAUUGUCCAAUCUUGGAAAGGAGACUGUGGAACAAAAGAAGUCAGCUAAGAAACAGAAGGUAACUGACAAAAAAGGCAUAUUAUAGGAGGACAACAAAAUCUUAGAGACCUUUAGAUUCUAAGACGAGUACGACUACGAGUACUAGAUUUCCUCAAUACUAAGCAGUGCCUGCGCGUGAUUCAGCGUCACUUUGACCGGAUUUAACGUGAUAGCCGUCGCCUUUAGCCUGCGCCACAGACGGAACUAAACUCUCGUCUAGUCCUUCUGCGAAACAGCGCCGAAAUCCUUGUUCUGGGCCUCCGCAUGUGUACCCGGAUUUGAGUACGCGCCAUGAUUGGCCUGUUCAAAAAGCCAUUGUCGAUUUGCCAAUCAGUAUGAAAUUUGUUGAGUCCGUUGAGGGUUCCGAACAAGGAUCUCGUCGAGUUUUUAGCGAGAAUGUCGUAGUGGCAGAAACAAGUUACCAAAUGUUAGAAGUUUUAUAAUUUUGCGAUUGAGAGGGAUUCGAACCGAUUACUUUGCGAUAUCGGUGAGGUGCUGUAGCCAACUGAGCUAUAAAACAAUGACUACGAGCCGGUCAUAGUUGGAUUCUUAAUAUACUUGGAAAGGUAACUACAUGAAAGAGAACGCUAUCUGAAAUGCGGCAUAAAGACUUUAAUUCAAUUCCAUUUAUGACUUAUCCGCGGAGACCUAGGGGAUACCCAGCUCCCUGGGGGCGUGAUAACUUAGGGGUCAGGGCGUUGUAUCCGAAUCGUAGGGUCAUGGGUUCAAUCCUGUUCAAGCGUAAUUUGUUAUGGGCUUCAUAGAUCACAACUGCCAUGCCCUUUCCUCUAUCAAAAUCUUUUAUCCCGCGGUUCAAAUGUGAUUAUAACAUAUCUAGAAUAUUCGCCUAAUCAAAUUCUAUCGCGCGAGCGUGCUUCAUAUUCCCAUUGAGCACGCUUUUGACGUCAAUAAACUAUACCUCGAGUUCCUGUGAACUUAGCAAUCCUUCCAAGACCAUGAAGACGUCUCCCAAAUGCAUCCAUGACUCAAUAGUACACGAUGAAGGAUUAACCAAUCCAUGGCAUUUGUUUUAUAACGUAAAGUUAAGAGAAAACGUUUGAAUUUGUUAACCGAUAGUAGGGAAAAGAGGUGAGUGUUCUUAUUGUCAUCUGCGCGAGCUGUGUAGCUGCUAUGCUCUCGGCUGCGUCCCGAGCAACUCUUACUCCUCUUUCGUGCUCUCCAAACUUCCUGCGUGCUCAAUAUCUCGACAUACGCACGCUAACGCAUGAACUAAUUGUUAAGUUUCAUAUGUUUCCUUUCAGGUAGCUGUUUUGGUUUAAUUUUAUCCUUGGUUUAAAUUCUAUUUUCCUUUGUUUUAUACUCAUUAUAAUACAUUACCAUGCCCAAAAACAAAGGGAAUUGAAAUUUAAACCAAGGAUAAAAUUUAACCACAAUAUAAUCAUCCUUCGAGGGUAUACAGCCAGUUCUCUCUCAGAUCGACACUUUUGGGCCUGGCACCAUGUGUCUCUCUCAGAGAGACGUUCAUCUCUUCGAGAGUCGACUUAAAGUAGUAGAGAAAAGAAAUGACCAACUCUAUACGUCCGAUUUAGAGGUGUCCGUUAAGAGAGAUUUGACUGUAUCCUAUGACGAUACUCCAACCUAUAGACUGUAAAUCACACUAAUCUCAUGAUUAAUAGCGCUUCGAAUUGGCUAUAUUCUUCUUACAUCUGGUGUUCCCGUCGUGUAACAGUCACAGAGAAUACAAUCCCUACGCUUCUAUUUGCUACAUACCUUCUUACUUUGUAGGAAAAGAUACAGCCUAGUGACAGUUCAUUACAGCUAAGUGAAGCAAAGAACACCCUGUUGGCCCAGUGUAACAGAAACCCACUAUCAAAAGCUCUGCUGCUUAUGCAUAUGGCCAGACAGGCUGUCACGUCACGGAGUCACGUAGGAACGGAACAUCAAGGACAGCUGCUUCAGGUAUGUCGUCACGCAAGAGUUACUUGUUCAUUUUAAAAGCUGGAUUAUGUCGAAUUAUGACCCAAAUUAAAAAUGGCUUUGAGGGGACCACGAUGCCAUGUCAUGUCAAACAAUGCUGCUCAUUUUGAGUUGCCCACAAAUGUUUUUCAACACUAUGCUGUAAUCACACAAUACGGAUUCUAGACAUAUCCUGACUUUUUUGUCACACAUUCUUGCUCACGUAGCGAAAACGGCCGCUUAUACCCCCAGAUAUAGGCCUGUCUACCCGUUAACAAAAAAUAUAUCUGAUUAUAAGCCCCUCCCCCCCCCGAUGUAAGCUCCCCUCUAACUUUUAUUUUUAUGUAUUGAAAUGAAUUCGAUUUAUUUAUUGAACCAGUAAAUGCAAAACGUAUUUGAUUAGCACUGAUAUAUCUUGUUGUGGAGCGCUUUUUUACUUUCCAGUUAUAAGCCUCCUCGGUUAUAAGCCCCUCAUUAUAAGCCCCCUCGGAUAUAAGCCACCUCGGUUAUAAGUCCCUCGGAUAUAUUAUCAAUAUUCAACAAGAUACUCUGACUUUUACCGACCUCACACCUGUAGAACAAAUAUUAAAAAAUUUUCGAUCCUGUUUCAAGGUCCUAGAAUAUGGAAUUCAUUACCAAACGACAUCAAAAAUGCCCCGUCUUUUAGUAUAUUCAAGCGUGUGAUCAAACCAUUUUUAAGGGUCAGACAGAAUGCAACCUAAAUACCUUAACACCUCAUAUCUAUAUUUUCCUCUUAACACACUUAUAUACUUAAAUAAACGACUUUUUUCUUUAUUUCUUAAAAUGCCGCCUAGUAUUUAAAUUGCCCGUGGGGGGAAAUCUCUAUUCCUCAUAAGCUCGGCUUCUCGGAGAUUUCCCCGCCGCAGUCACUCCUCCCAAGUAAUGCACAAAUUUUAAAUUUAAUGUUAGUUAACCUAUUUAUUAUCGUUUUUAUUCUGCUUGUAAUUCAUUGUGUGUGGCAAAAUAAUAAAAUAAAAUAAAAAAAAUAAAUAUAAGCCCCCUCGGUUAUAUGUCCCCUCGGAUAUAAGCCCCCUCGAAUAUAAGCUACCUUGGUUAUAAGUCCCUCGGAUAUAAGCCCCCUCGGGUAUAAGCCCCCUCGGUUAUAGGCCCCCACGGAUAUAAGCCACUUCGGUUAUAAGCCCCUCGGAUAUAAGCCCCCUCGGUUAUAAGUCUGUCGGAUAUAAACCCCUUCGGUUCUAAGCGCUCCCAAAACCCCCUACGAAGAUUUAUAAGGCCUGGGAUUAUAAGCGGCAAUUUACUUUACUCUUCCUUACUGUCAUGAUAGGAGAGCCAAGAGCUAAUCAUCAAGAGUCAACAGCAGGAACGGAAAGUAUCAAGCUGGAAUAGACAGGCGGACACCGGCGAUGAUGUACCACCUUCUGAUGUUCCCCCUGCUCCUCUUCUUGUUUAUCGUAGCUCAUCUGUGCUGGUGUUUAAGGCUGCUACGUUCAAACCUAAAAGUGGAGAAAAGGUUUGUUUUUUUAGCUGUAGAUCAGAGGCGCGCACAAUUACCUCACUUGAUCGAGUUCGGAUAUGAGUUUUCCUUACUGAAAUAAUUAAAAAAAAAAAACAAACUUUAUUUCAAGAGGGUCACACUGGACUGUUUCAAGAACACUGGUAAAUCUGUGGGCCUCCAAGCGUCCCCGAGUAACAGAAGACACUUUUCAGGUCAAAUUGGAAUUUGUGAAUAUAGUGGAACCUCCAUGUGAGACCACCUCCUCCUAAGCAACCACCUCCCACAAGCAACCGCCAAUCCACAACACCAAAAUCUUCCCAGUCAAAGCCUUACAGUUGGAACCUCUAGUUAUAAGCGACCACCUCCUGUAAGCGUCCGCGACCACUUUUUGGGCUUGACGGUUAAAGAUUUUCGCUUGUUUUUAAUCUCUUUCAGCGACCGCUUGACUCAUUCUCUGAUCUCUAUGUUCGCUGUGUGCACUAUGCUACUUAGAAUAUACGAAGAACUUAAGUGACAGCAUGGAACUACACAUGUCGUAAUGUUCAUGCCACAGUUUUUUUACCUAAUUGAUGUCUGAAAUGCCAUUUCCAUAUUAUUUUAUUUUUAGGUGGCCUGGUAUCGACUUUUUGCGAGAUCAGCCAGCGGUAAUAAUGUGAAAGUCAGGCUCAAUGACUAUCAACUUCCGGGGACUGGAGAAGAGGUAUCACGUGAACAUUCUGUACUUUGACUUCCUGUGGCGGCAUCAUAUUUUUUGAUGUUUAAACUUUUGUUUAAUUUCCUGAAGAAAAUGCGCAGUAGAUACAAAUGACAGUGUUAAUGUAUCAAGAUUAUUGGCCUCUAUUCAGUCAUUUUUGAGCAAAAUAACUUACCGUGAAUAUGUAAUGGUUUUGACCAUCAAAUUUUUUAAAUAGAGUAGCAAGAUCAUGGGCAUAGUUUUCGGUUCUUUCCUUUCCCAGAUUCCAGCGGCUGCUGACACACUGUUUUAUGUGCGCGGGCUCAAACCUGAUGAGAAGUACAUGGCAGCCAUGGCGGCAUACAAUGAACAAGGCAAACUGAUUGGUGGGAGUAUUGGUCUGACAUGCCGCCCGGUACUAGCAGCACAUCCACUACCUACCCUCAUGGCAUGGGGCUAUUUGGCUCAGGUAUGUGAUAAUAAACAAUUAUUGGAUGAAGUUUUUAGGUUUUGAGGAAUCUAAUAACCAACUGGCGCUUACCAUAUCAGUUGGAAGAUGUGAGCAACAUACCAUCGAUUCGAUGGUGUAAAUUACGAUUUAGCUGUUUAUUCCUGAUUGAAUUAAAAAAGUAAAUAGCGUUUACGAAUCGCUAUCCGAAUACGUAAUAGCCGAAUUUCCAACUAACUGAACGGAAGAAAUGCAAGAAUACUCAGAACACAUCGCUUGAAGGACGUUAUCUACUUUUUGAAGAGCAUCUGCAAGGAAAAAAUCUGUUUAUAUCCUGAAACCGUGCCGAGUAGUAGGCAAAGAUUUAAAUAAGGUUUCUGAGAAGGUCAGCUUGUCAAGAACUUUGAAAUAUUUUCAAUGAAUAAUAAAACAAUUAUUGAAUUCGGCUCUUGUCUGAUUAAGGUGUGAUGAAUUAUGCAGAUCUCGAAGAGUGCUAUCCACCUCGGCCUCGGUGCAUAACAUGCUCCCCGAUCUGCAUAAUAAUCUUCACAUCCUACACAGCCUCAUUCAAUAAUUGCUAAUCAUUAUUAUUUUUCACUUACGGAGAUCGAGCAGAUAACAUCUUGCUCGAUCUCCGUAACUCUUCGGAUUUAUACUCAGCCCUAUCCAUCCAAUAAUUGCUAAUUAUUAUUCAUUCAAGAUAUUUCUCCGUUUCUGAUUGUCUCAAAUGUCGUGGCUGAUUCUUCAUAACAAGCCAGCAUUGAACAAAUUUAGGAGACGUUUGCGAUAUUUGGAAAAUUACGUCAAUAGUACUGCAUGAAUCUAAGAAUAAUGGACGACAACCAAGAAGCCCAGAGGAAGAGGUUGCGUGGUUUUGGUUAAGCAAGAAAAAAUGGCGGAUCAUUACACACGUUUCGCGUAGAAGAAAUAACUGAACGAUUUCCUACAAAAAUUUGAGGAAUAUCUAUCUACGGAAGAUCAUUUUAUAUCCUGAACUUGCCGAGAAACAGGCAAAUGACGACGAGAACUUAACAUCGUUCGAAGGAAGCGUUUUUUAGCUUGUUUUUAAACUAAUGAAUACUAAAACGAUUAUUGGAUCCUGCCUUCGUAUGAUCGGAAGAAUUAUGGAGAUCGAGCGGAUAAGAAUAACCCCCUCCUCGAUCUCCAUAAUUCUUCAGAACAUACUCAGCCGUAUCCAAUAACUGCUACCUUAUUCUCCUUUAUUUUCGCGGGACUUAAAUUUCGCGAAAAUUUUCUCGGCACAUUUCGCGAGUCUUUAAUUUCGCGAUCGCGGAGAAAAAUUGUGCUUGCAGGGAAUUUCAUUUCGAGAAAUUGACGAUUAAGUGACUUUAUUUUUUCUUUUUUACAAAAAUUUUACGUUAAUCAACAAUUGAAACAAAACAAUAUGCUGUCCCUGUUGAGGUGAUAUGUGAAAUGGACGAUACAGCAAGGAACAGGGCAAUAAUGGAAAGAUAAGACACUCGUAACUACUCACUACAAGGAGCCGGGACAGGAUGGUCAAUUUGACGACUGUACAAAGGAUGUAUUGGAGGAACUGUGAGAAGAUGAUUACUCAGAUGCCGAAGAAGAACUUGAGGCGAAUCUUGACACUGAUUAACAUCUAAAGUUGAAAGAUGAUAGCUCCUUGUAAUAACACCUUGUGUUCAAAAUUGUUUAGGACCCUUGAAAACACAAAUACAUGAUUUUUCUAUGUCCAUUAAAUUUCGCCAGAUCAAAGUUCGCGGUCGUUAUUUUUCGCGGAUCUUUAAGUUCGCGAAUUUUUUAAAAUCGCGAAAAUCGCGAAUUUAAGAACCCGCGAAAAUUAAGGAGAAUAAGGUAAUUAGUUUCCGUUGUUAAGGUUAAGAGAAACAUAGCAUAGUUAGAAGAGUGCCCACUAUACUUUGUUUCUACGUCUUCUGUGUGUCUUAAGAAGUUUAUUUUGGUAGGAUAUAAAAAACUCUGAAAUUCCUUUUAACAUAAAUUUCUGUUUAUUCUAAGUUGUCGUUUUCGUCUGGGGUGUUACCUGUUGCAAAAUCUGCUGCCUCAGUGUUGUGGAACCAUUUUGUGAGGGAACCUGAGUUAUGUCAAGAGAACACGAAUAUUCAGUCGGCCAGUUCAGAUCUGUGCAUCUCUCUACAAAGGUGCGUUGAAUGUCUUCAGUCUUAAGUGAUUGUUCCCUUUUUACGUAAAACUAAUUUUCCUCAACUAAAAUAAUCAUUUCCUUUAUCAUCUUAAACACUGCUAUGAAUUGGUCUAUUGUAAGAAUCUCAGUAAUUCUUCAAUCAGUAUUUGUAUGCAUAGCAUUCUUAAUAAAUGUUACUGCCGAGUGACUGUACGGGCCGUGUGUUAAACCAUACCAUGCUUGUUUGUUGCGUAUCGAUCCACCAUAUUGCAAGCAAUUCUUCACGGGAAAAACAAACGCGAAACACGCGCGUAAAACGUAACCGACAUCACACAAGCAAUCACACGCAAAAACUGCGAAAAAUGCACUUUAUUUGAGUGUCAAUGUAUUAACCCCACCAUUUACGUGGUCAUCCGAAGCCACGCGAGGGUCUAGUCGUUUGCAAGGCAAAAGAAGUACUUUCAUCAUAUUACUAAGUUAUUUUAAGACCCUGAGUAUUGGUCUGGCCCCUGGAAUCGAGCCGCAGUCAAGCGCUCUAGCGACUGAGCUAAUCCUGUCGCGGUAAAGUAAAUUUUACAGACCUUUAUUGUAACCUUUAAAUGCAAAAACAAUCUAUAUUCCCCUCUAUGUCUACUACUACUUCAUGGGAUUAGCUUAUCUACUGCUCAAGUACCCAUUUCUUCACCUAAAUCGCUAUCUAUUUGUUGUUUACAAACCUUUCUGGUGUUUCCCCGACAUCAAGGAUGGAUUUAUUAUACCUAAAAACAUAAGAAAUUUCAGUGUAUUGCGUAAUUUAACUGGGUUUCUUUUUGGUUUUGUUAGAAUUGAUGAGGGAAGUCUCGGUGAAGCUUCUCCCGUUCUGGCGAGAUUGUUUCUUCAGAGCAUUUUCAUCUCUGUGGACAUCAGGAUUCGCGAAGGACACUUGUUCUGUGACACUCUGUGUGCUAACGGGCCACUUUACAAUGGACAGGUUAGUUAUAAUUAAGUCUGAACAGCAUGUGGACGGAUUUUUAAGAGAACUGGCUUCGCGCACGGGAACUGUAGUAGUAUCCAUGGAGAUUUUAUAUUCCAAGAAUCCACAUCGAAUAGUACCAGCAACACUGCCCAACAUCAGACAACACUACCAAAUACUUCCCAAAACUACACCAAUACUAUACUUUAACACCACCACCAACCCUGCCUAACACCGCCCAUACUUACCAUUAGCACUGCUCAACAAUUUCUAACUACUACCAACUAUAUUAACUGCUAUCAACACUGGCCAACACAGAUUAGCCGGGCACGAUGGGCCAAUCAACGGGUAUAGAAAGGCGUAAACUCACGUUCCCUCUCCUUCUAUUUUAUAGGUUGCGCGUCUUGAGGAAUGCCAACGGCUUCUGCUUGCCAUACAAGUUGCUGGCUGGCUAAAUGACAAUGCGCUGUGUUUGCAGGCAGUUGUGCAGUGUUAUGGCUUAUUAGCACCUUUAAUUCAUCAGAAAAUUCCUGCCAAACCAGUUGUGCAGGUUUUGUUGCGAUGCCACGCUGUUCUCCAAGAAGUACCUUCACUAACGCGUCACAGAAAGUCGUCUUCCACGUCGGAUAGUUUGUCACACAUGAUUGCAACUGUCACGUACUACAUAGCUAAGGUAAUGCAAUCUUCCCUUUGACGUUUGUGAAACGUUUCAGUGUGAACUACUAUUUGCCAUGUACUCGUAGUUCUCAUUACGUAACACUGUUGUGCUUGAACUUAGAUUUUGCAGAUGUGGAAUGAGCGGGGAGUUGCAGGAGCUAUCAUCGAGCUGGGAAAGAAAAUGCUUAACCUGGAAACUGCACCUGACAGUGCGGGUUCCAUGACAACCAUGCAAGCAGCUGCUGCCAUGGCAACGGCCACUCUUGGCGGACCACCGCCGACAAAAACUACGAAGAAAAAGCCUGGGCCGACCAAAAAACCGAAAGUAGGUGGAGGGAAAGGGGGACUGGGCAAGCUUGAGAAGGAAGCCGCUGCCUUCUCUGCCGACGCACAGAACGAGGAACUGAAGGCUUUGGAGGCUUACAUAUUGAAAUUAAGCCAGCAAGGUGAGGUGAAAUAAAACAAGGAUUUUAUCAGGAACGAGUACUUUCUGCCAAAAGUGUUACAUCGUCUGGCUUUGAUAAAAGCUUCUCAAAAAAUAUAGCCAUUCUUACAUAGAGUAUUACCCUAGACUUAGAACCUGCAUUUUCCCAAGUUAGCCUAAACAGGCUGUCACAUAAAUGGUAAUGAGGACCAAUUUAGGCUGUUUAGGUUCUUAAAUAGGUUGUCAUUUUCUAACGAAAAAAAAAAUGUAGCUAAGAGUAUUUAGUUGUACUCAGCUUAUUCUUUACAUUAAAUCUGCAUACCAAUACAUUCCAGAUGGGGUGAAAAGGCACCUUUGUCUCCUAAGGGGAUACCGAAUGUUGACUUUUCCUAUUUGCCCAAGUGUACAAAAAAUUGUGUAUUUUUAUUUUUAAGAAAUAAGAACCCGUUUUAAAUUUUAGGCUGAACAGGUUCUUACAUAGAGGGGGCCUAACUGACAAAUUUUAGCCUAAAAGGUUCUUAAAACCAGGUUCUUAGUCGCGGGUUUUUACUCUACUGGACUGAGAUGUUCGUGUUUAUCAUAAUGCCGUUGUGUUGAGGAAUGGUUUACUUCCCUUUCAGCUUUGAACCGUGAUGAUGAAGAAUUGACCGGCUCUGAAGACCCCUCCGUUCUUUACUCAGUUGUGGCAAAUCUACCGCCUCGGCAGGCCUACAAAGAGGGUAAGCACUGUCGAGUUCAAGGGAGGGUGAGUUCAACCGGAAGUGAGAAUGAGUACAUUCCUCUUCCGGUUGACGAGUAUCGCACAAAACGAGUUUUCUUAUGCUCACUUGUGUCCCUCGGUAGUCGCGAACCGUGCUUAACAGCAGCAGUAGCAGAAAGAGAGAGAGAGCUUGCUUACAAACAAUCUGAAACGCUGUUAAGAAGGGUAUGUCAGGUGCGGUGAUGGAACCUACCAGCUCAGUAGACCUACAAAGAGUCACUCUGACCUGGUGUAACAAGGAAGGGGAUAAUAGGCUGAUUUAGCAACAGAACGGGAACCUCAGUUGACGACAGGAAAGCGCAUAGAAAGGACUGAACGCGACUUCCGGUGCCCAAUUUGCCGCUCUGCCAUUGGUCAAGCCAGUUGUUUGAUUGCGUGGGCAGUCGUCACUGCCGUCGCGUUUUCUUUGCUAAAUCUGCCUAAUACCAAGGUUAGGGAGGCUUAGUAAGCUCACAAUAGGGUAAUCAUUGGGAGGUAUAGUUUAAGAAUGGUGUAAUGCUUCAACAUAGAGUUCAGUGUUGAUGAAACUAACAUGAUUUCAGGAGACCUAUAAAGAGGGUAAGCAAUAACGGAGUGGAGAGGGGUGAUAAGUUUGUUAGGGAGGGGUAGGUCCGUCAGUCAUAUUCGAUGUACCAGGUUAGGUUCAUCCCUUCUUCUCGACUUCAUAUCUUCCCAUACCUUCAAUGUGAAUGUUCCUUUUUCUCUGGAAGUGCGUCAGCUAAAGAAUUGUCAUCAUAGUAAAUCCUUUUUUUAUCAUUCUUACUGGCAACUGUUUUCAUUUAUGUAUAUUUCUCGUUUCUCGCUUAAGACUGGGAUGUUGACUGGUACUUGGCUGUAGAUGAUGACUAUUGUGAAUCUUUGUCAGCUUUAUGUUCAGGAGAUACUGAAUCUGAGGCUUCAUUCACUUCUUCUAUCCUUGACUAACAGUAAGACCAACGUGAUAGUCUUGAUCUUCUUUUAUGUAAUUACCGCCUUUCUCCAAUGCUGCUCAUUUGUUCAAACUGGCCCAAUUGAACAACCAUGCCUCUCUGAGAAAGUGUCCGCAUUCCAGGCAGAUAACAUUGGACUUGCCUUCUAACUAGUCACUUUUUUUAUGUCUGUCCUGUCAUAUUAAUUAGAAGCAAGGGUGGGGAGCAAUCGUGGCGCAGUGGUGAGAGCCUGGCCUGGUUUCGAAUCCCGGCGUCGAUGCCAUUUGUUGUUGGUUCUCUCCCGUGCUCGGAGAGGUUUUUCUCCGGAAACCACGGCUUUCCCUCUCCUUAAAAACCGACACUUCCAAAUUCCAAUUCUACAGGAUAUCUGGAACGCACGGACACGUCUAAACGGGUGCACAGGAACUCCUAAGUGCUCCGUGGGUAAACAAACUACAAAAACUAAAUUACAAAAUUACAAAUAAGUAACUUAUUGGCAUCUUUUCUUCUUAAUCUUUUAAGCUUCCCUUUCUCUUCCCCCCCCCCCAUUCCCUCAACGCUUUUUGUCCCUCUCGUCCCAGCUUUUGGUCGUUACUUCCACGGGGACGCAUGCUUUAAAGCUAAUUCUUGAGCUACAUUUUUUUUCUGACCUACCUAAGUAAAAAUUCGCGAAAACUACUUUUGCGAAUCCCUUUCUUUUUACUCCUUUACGUUAUGAGCCUUAUACUGAUAUGCUCUUCUCUCCACUUCUCAGGGUCUUUACCACACCUCAAUGUUCUCACUUCCAUGGAUGGACUUAAACCUGCUCUCUCUUAUCUUCACUAUUUUCACUCAAGGCACAUCUGCUCACACUGGCAUUUAGCUAUCAGCCUAUCCAACUGGACUUUAUGACCGGAUCUAGCACUGAAGCCCUCUUGAAUUCUUCGCUCUCGCAUCUUUUGAGUCCCUUUUAGCUGGCCGUUUUACACUAACGUUCUUUUAUUUCAAUCGAUAUUCAAACGUUUUACGUUUAUGUGAAUCCUUUCUUCACAUGUUCCCUGUCUCUGUAAUUUAACUGCACAAGAUAUAUCACAAUAAAAGAAAAGCGCGCCGCUAAUCUUUCUAUGAUUCAGUUUAUUCCCUUUGGGUGUGCUCCAUCAAAGUUAGUCGAGGAGACUGAUCCCAUUCUAGAGAGAGGAGAGGUCUGACGUGUCGUUACCAUAGUAGCAAAAUUUUGGAUCACAGCAAGGGGAGCUUCAAUAGGUUUAGAUUCGCAUUAAGAGAAAACUACUUUGCUCGUGCAUCACGUUUUUUUUGUACAUUUCUUAGCCGUCGUUGCACGACUGCGACAUGAAACUUCCUAACUUCACGCGCCCUCCUUAUGGAGUAGGUGAACACAACACAAAAAUUUCCUUUUACUUUUUCUAAACUUAAAUAGUUUCCUUUCGGAUUCAACCCCAGAAAAUUUCGCCAACAUUUGACAAAUUUAAAAUGAAAAUGAAUAAGGUCGAUGAAGUUUGAAACAGCGCAAGUUCACUUUUUAAGUGACGUUUUCGAUUUGUUGUCGUCCAGAAAUUUUGCUACCAUUGCAACGUGACGUAACGACUUCUCUUCUUGUAGAUGCUUGUUCUGUCUAUGACGUUACUCCGGAAUUGUGGGGUACGUGGGGCACGACUCUAUUCUUAUUGUUCGUAAUGUUACAUGUCGGCGGGAAUAAGUACAAUUAUAUGAAUCAUUUUUCCGCUAAAUCGUUCAGCGGUACAGAAGCGUUUAACUUGUAAACUGGUAAGUUUAUGAUUCUUUUGAUUGGUACAAGUUUUGUCUUCUGCACUGUGCUAUCGUAUAACUCAUGAUUUACAUGUAUUUGAUAUUCUGUUGCCAUUUUCCAUUAAUAGUUCUGAAGUUCAAGCGACGAACACGUUUCCUGGGCUUUUUUGUUCAAGUACUGGCUAAGGCCUUGCAAGAGGGGCUGACAGAGACAGCUCUAGAAUGGACCAAUGAUACCAUUGGGUGGAUUGUAAGGUGCGUCAAAGCUGCAGCUAUUUUAUUUAGACCAGAGUAAUCACGAGUCCUACUCGAGUGAACCAAUCAUAUGUCAUAUUGAGCUUGUGUAAAACGCGGGAAAACGCUUGCAGCUAUAAAACGAUUGGUUUUAACUCUGAUUGAUUGAGAAAAUGGAGCGAGACUUUCCAGCGGUUUCUGAAGUGAAGCAAUACAAAACCAAAGCACUCAGAAAGUUACUUUUUAAAUCCAGCUGAAUAUCGCUCAAUCUCAAACUCGCGGACUGGACUUGUCAUGAUCAUCAGAUACAGUGUAUCGAAGUAUGCAAAUUGUACCUGAUGCUUAGCUUAGCCAUGUCUUUAUCAGAUAUAAAGACACUCAUUAAUCGUUCAUUUCUGUUGUUUUUUCUUUAUAAAUUAUUAAUGAGUUUCUGAAACAAAGUUUAGACAGGGGAUAAUUUAAUCUCUGGGUUAUACAUAUUGUAACCUUUUUGUAGGAGGAACGAGAUGCUACUGGCUAGCAACAAGUCCACGAUUGUGCGACAGGCCGUCGCCACCGCGGGACCUGAGGAAGAAAAAAUCAAGAAAUUUGCUACGGCUAUUGUCGAGUUUAGUAAGGUGAGGAAACGUUUAAAGUCAAGUAAACUGUGUCAAUGAAAGGGUCACGCGCAGAUGGUUUGUCACUCUCUAUUCGACUACAGUAAAUGUUCUAUUUAUUUCGGUCGAUGCGUUUUGAUUGGUUCUUUUUGUUGUUGUUACUCAGCCUCCCACAAGAAGUCCUCAGAAAAGUCGUCGGGGAGAGACUGGGCGUGACGAGAAAGAGGAUGCCGAAAUUGCUGCACGAAACAAACAGGAAAUGUAUUCCAGGCCUCCUCCGACACAUAAGAAAUCCAUUGCACCCAGUACAGUGUCAAGAAGGGUAAUUAACUGUACAACACAUGUUAAUUUGUUGUUGUUGUUAUUUUUUUACCAAAAACUUCUCUGCGCAUGUCACAAAUUCAACGUUUCAAUUUUGUGUUUGUCGUCUAGUGACAGUUAUAGUUUUUUAUGUCUGUUAAAUCUUAGAGGUGGUUUCAUUUUUUGAACCGUUAGUUUCAUGAGUGUUGUAUUCUAAUAACCUUUUUUAAAUUUUGUCAUUAGGCUCGAAGACUUAAAGGGCGCACGGCUGAAGAGAUUGACAUAUUUAAUGUAAGUAUGUGAAAAUCGAAAGGAGAAAAACGGUUAAAAGAAAAACUAGAGCAAGAAACAGUGCGCAGAAGUGCCUUCUCCCCAGCGGUUACACUUGAAAGCUUAAGCACUUUGUACAUCCGAAGUAGAAGUUCUGGGCGUUUUCUGUUCUCUGAUCUUAUACUUUUAAAGUAAUUUCCAAACUCAUACUGUAGCUUUCCCUAAUUAGUUUGGCUAAAUAUGUUUCGUGAUGGUACAUAGACUAUGAUAGAUAAUUGAGCGUAAAAUGGAAACGAAUGGGAGGGAUUUUAUUUUUUAUUACCUGGUAUUCUUUGCAUUUCUUAUAUUUAUUAAUAGUCUUAGUUAUAUUUUAUCCUUGCCUAUCAUGAUGUGGAGUCUCGUUGUUUUUUUUUUUAGGCAACUGAGCGUCUCCAGAGUGUUUUGCCUGAAUACUGGAGAUCCUCUCAUAGAAGGAAAAAACUGAGAGCUGUCAGUUGUGAAGAACUACCCUGGAGAGCACAGGUGUUAUUUGUUUAUUUAUUUAUGUAAUUUUUGAAUUGAUCAAUCGAUAUGAAGGACCCACUUUAUACAGGUUAAUCUACAGUACAGCACCAUAGGAAAGUACUGGUCAUACUUACGGAGUCGUGUACCGACGUAAAAGUUAAAACCACCUUGCACAGCAUAUUAAACAGUACCACAAGAAAGUACUGCUCAGUAGCUUUCACUUGAAUGGCCACACUUUAGAAUUUCAUUUACAGACUCAAAACUUAGAACCACCUGUACAGCUUAGUAAACCUUACCACGGGAAAGUACUGCUCAGUAGCUUUCAUUUGAAUGGUCACACUUUAGGAUUUCAUUAACAUGCAGACUUAAAAGUUCGAACCACCUUGGAUAGCUUAGUAAACAGCACCACGGGAAAGUACUGCCCAGUAGCUUUCAAAUUGUCAUAUUACGUAAGUAGUGCCUAAAAAUAUUUAGCAAUUAAUAAUGAGGCGGAGUAGGAUAUGAAGGCUGAGUAGGAUAUGAAGUGUCCGCCAUUUUAGUUUUCACAACGAAAACAACUCAACCUCGUCCCCAGGUCUUCUCGAUUAACGGUGCAUUAACCUGUAGAAGGCUGCAUUUUUAACGUCAUUUCCUCGUUAAACACAAAUUUUUUCCAAAUUUGGUCAAAUUUGGUAACUAGUUAUGGUGAAUUAUGCGUGUGCUUUUAGCUAAUCAGAAUUGGGGAAAUAUUUUUAAUGAAUAAUAAUUGAUGUUAAUGUAUAUAAAUCAUAAUAACAACAAUUUUUUUUUUCAGAUGGGGAUUCUUUUAGCUGGUGCCAGCUUCGACUUAUUUCUUGAGAAGAUUAACAGUUUACAGCGUUUGGCGGAUUCCGCAGAUGCAGACAAUCCAUUAUACAGGUGCAUAUGAGCUUCUCUGAUUAUGCCUUUUGCUGGGGUGUAGACCCUAGUAAAAUUAGCCGAACGUUUUUUAGAUAGUGUACGAGCAAUUUCGAUUAUUUAGGACAUGAAAAGUUACUAGAUAGGGAACUGACACCAUCCCCUAAUGACCAAUCGGAUUCUUAUUCGAGCUAAACCGUCUAUUUGCGUCACUGACUCCGUGACAUAUUUCAUAUAUGUUAUUUUUAACUGCAAGUUAUUUCUGGCAGUCUUUCUACUAGUAGUAGAAAACGUCAUUUGAUUUUAUCCGCGUUAUAUCACUUUUUUUUCUUAAUUAGAAGGUCAGUGGUUUAUUUUUAAUUGCUAUCUUUCCUUUUCAUUCUCAAUUCUCAUAGACCUUCCUUCAUGGAUCCUGAUUGGUUUGGCUAUGCUACAUCCGGGACCUUGAUCGUCUCAUGGGCUGGUGCGUCGGGACGAGCCUCACCCGAGCCCCCCAUGGGAUUCAGUGGCUCAGCCCUGGAGACACCAUACUCCCAGCAUGCCCCUGUAGCGUCACGUGGAAAUCAACGAACAGCCCAAAGUGGUUCCCAAGGGGAGGGGGCUAGGUAAGUGUGAACUUCUUCACCUUCCUUUAGUAAAACGGUUCACAAAUGAAGACCGUAGGGUUACUUAAGCAGAGAAAAUUACCUUUAUUAAGAACGUUUACAUACCUGGCUAGAUUAGCAAGAUCAAUAUGUUAUCCGACGAAAUGUGGAAGAUAGUCAUCGUUCUAAUUUUUUCUCUUUUUGAGAAAAAUAUCUUUUUACUGCUUUUCAAACAUAGCAGUAAACGUUUCACUAAUUUUUUUUUUUACCAAAGUCGUUGACUGAUAGGCACCUUUUAUUACAGGUCUGGUAGCAGAUUUACAGGAAUCACUUCUAGUGAAAAGGA